UCACACUCCUUUCACUGACGUGUGGGCCCGGGUCCACAUGUCAGUGGGCCAAUGGCACGGCAGAGGAGCCGCGUCUGUCUAAUCCACCACCGCCGCCGUCAACCUCCAGCUCCGGCCGGCCUUUCUCCUCCUUCCCCAUAUCGGCCUAGCAUCCUCUCCGUCCUCUCCAGGCCGUCUCCACCGUCAGCCUUGGGAACCAGAUCCAAGCCCCCUCGGUCGUGACGACUGCGCGGGCGAGAGGAUCCCUGUGCAGCUCGCCGAGAUAUGCAUGAGAGGGAGCGAGCCGGAGGAAGUGUGCUGCUCACCUGGGGCGGCGGCCACUGCUGCGCUCUCGCCGGCGCAGACCCUGCAGCACAGGCCAAAGAAGGUGUUGAAGCAAACAGAAGCAUAUGUAAGAUGCUCUCCAUGGCAGCAGGUGCCGUCGUCUUCUUCGCCGUUGCCCUGUCGGCUGCUACCAGCGGCGACACUGCGGUCGUCGAGCACACGUUCAUUGUAAGCCAGGUGCGUAUGCGGCAUCUGUGCAACGACACGCUGGUGACGGUGGUGAACGGGCAGUUCCCCGGCCCGGCGUUGGAGGCCACGGAAGGGGACACCGUCGUCGUCCACCUCGUCAACCAGUCACCCUACGGAAUCACAAUCCACUGGCACGGCGUGAAGCAGCGGCUGACGUGCUGGGCGGACGGAGCCGGGAUGAUAACGCAGUGCCCGAUCCAGCCCAACACGACCUUCACCUACCGGUUCGAUGUGUCCGGCCAGGAGGGCACCCUCUGGUGGCACUCCCACGUCUCGGCGCUCCGGGCCACCCUGCACGGCAUCAUCGUCAUCCGCCCCAGGUCCGGCACCUACCCAUUUCCCAAGCCCGACGUUGAGGUCCCGGUCAUCAUCGGUGAGUGGUGGCAGAGGGACCUCAUCAAGGUGGACAAGAACUUCUCCAUCGGGGGAUCGUUCGACGACAACCCCGCCGCCGCCACCAUCAACGGGAAGCUCGGAGACCUCUACAACUGCUCCGGGGUAGCAGAGGACAACUUCGUCCUGGACGUGGAGCCCGGCAAGACGUACCUGCUGCGGCUGGUGAACGCGGCGCUCUUCUCUGAGUACUACUUCAAGGUGGCCGGGCACAAGCUCACGGUGGUCGGCGCCGACGCCAGCUACCUGAGACCGUUCACCACGGAAGUCGUCGCAGUCGCGGCGGGUGAGACCAUCGACGUGCUCAUGGUCGCCGACGCCCCACCUUGCAGGUACUACAUGGCUGCCCUGGCCAACCAGCCGCCGGUGCCUGACCCGCAGAUCCCGGUGUUCAUCUCCAGAGGGGUUGUGCAGUACAACAACAUCCCCAGCGAUGCGCAAAACUGCACAGAGAAAUCGCCUCUCAUGCCUGAGAUGCCUGACCAGCACGACACCAUCACGACCUUCUACUUCCAUGGCAACCUCACCGGCCUGCAGCAGCCUGGUGGUGGUCACCCACUGCUACCGCAGGUCCGGGGUCGCGUGGACGAGCGUCUCUUCCUCACGCUGGGCAAGGGCUCCAUGUGCACGCACAACAAAACAUCUUGCAAGCGAGGAGGAAGCAACGAGUCCUUUGAGGUGGCCUACAUAAACAACGUGUCCUUCCACCUCCCGGAGACCACGGCGGUGCUUGAAGCACGAUACUACGGCAGUGGCGUGGCGGUGGAGCAGCUGCCCAGCAUGCCGCCGAGGGCGUUCAACUUCACCGACACGGCGUUGAUACCGGUCGUGCCCGGAGGCAAGAUGGAGGAGCUCGAGCCCACGCGCAAGGCCACCACGACGCGCCGGUUCGCGCACAACGCCACCGUGGAGGUGGUGUUCCAGAGCACGGCCACCAUGCAGAGCGACUCCAACCCGAUGCACCUCCACGGCCACGACUUCUUCGUGCUCGCGCAGGGUCAUGGCAACUACGACGCCGGCAGGGACGUCAGGAGCUACAACCUGGUGGACCCACCCAUGAAGAACACCGUGCAGGUGCCGAGGCUCGGGUGGGCCGCCAUCCGGUUCGUCGCCGACAAUCCCGGGGCGUGGUUCCUGCACUGCCAUUUCGAGUUCCACAUAGCCAUGGGCAUGGCGACAGUGUUUGAGGUGGACAGCGGGCCCACGCUUGAGACCACUCUCCCGCCCCCACCUUCGGAUCUGCCAAAGUGCACGAGAUAGAUGUGCUGAGCAGCGUACCUAAUAUGACACCAAAUAAUGUGGAUGACUCUUCCCCAUCUUAAUUUUAGUAGAGUAUUGUGUACUGAGUACUGACAUUGUUUAGUAUAUUCAUCAUAUCAAGAAGAAACCAAUUUGCAUCUCUGCAA